AAGACAUUACACAAAAAUGUUUCCGAGAAUAGCGUUGAUAAUCAAGUAUAUCACGAAGUUCUAAAAUGGACUUGUAUUCUUGGUGGUGUAAAAUGUAAAGACCAUCUUACUGAUAUAUUGAACUGGCAUUUCGAAAAUCCUGUACAAAACAAAUUGUUGCCAAGUUGGCAGAGAUGGAUAUAUUGCCAAGGUGUGAUAAAAGAAAUAAUAACUACGUAUAUAAAGUGGAAAACAAUACAGGACAUAUACGUGUUACAAGAGAAAAAAGAACAAUUCUUUCAAUUUUUAUCUUGUUGUGAACUGUAUUAUAGUAUAGAAACUUUGCGAUCUGAACUUGAACAUGAUUCAAUACAAGAAAGUGAUUCUGUUUCCAUUCUUUUCGAUCUUGUGGCAAGACAUGUGAGAGAUUUUUCUUCAUUGGACACUAUAAUAAGCAAAAUAAAAGCCAGAUUUCCAAGAAAAAUCAGUCUACCUGCAAUUGUGAAUUUUUGUAUUAACCACAUAUAUUUAGAUGAAGAUAUCGAAAUGGUUACUAAGGCUGUAGUACGUUUGUUUGAAAACCUACUCGACGUAUAUGAUGUACACACGGCAACGUUCAUGGAAAACAUUAUUGUAAAAAAAAUUGAAACUCGCCGUACAUUUGUAAGAAGGAGGCGAUAUUAUAUUCGUAAUAAAGUCCACGACUUACUUGAUUACAAAAAUAUGAAAAAGUAA